AUGGCAGUGAGAAUGAAGAAGAGCUCAACAGCAUCAACCAGUUGCGUGUGGCUUGUGAUGGGGUUGAUGGUGCUGCUGAUUGUGUCAACAGAGUUUGGCCAAGUUGAUUGCAGAGCCCUUCGAUCAGCAACAAGCGACAGCGGCAGUGAUGGCGGAUGCAAAGGAGUUGAUGGGGCUGAGGAGGUAGGCAUGGCUAGCUUUGCUGUUUCUUCUAACUACAACUCGAGCACUGCUCGUCGUCCUUCGGUGAGGAGCUUGGCGCUUAGAUUGGCCUCUGGACCUAGCAAAAAAGGCCCUGGCCAUUAG